AUGCCUGUAACAAAGUUUGCUAUCCCGGAGAAGUAUGACUAUCUGGAAGGUUGUGGGGCCUAUCACCAAUCGGAAGCCCUACCAGGAGCAAAUCCAGUCGCAGCCAAUAGUCCCCAGGUGCCGCCUUACGGUCUCUACACGGAACGUCUAUCUGGGACUUCGUUCACAGCACCACGGGCCGAAAACUUACAGACCUUCAUGUAUCGAACCUCGCCCACGGUCGAUCACGGCCCAUUCAUGCCCUAUACUGAUGACAGGCUGUGGUCAAAGCCAGAAGGAGAUCAAAAGCUUCUCAUCACUCCUAACGUCAUGAAAUGGGAUGCCUUUCCGGUUGGAGCAAAGGGAGACUGGGUCACCUCGCAGCGUAUGAUUGCCAAGGCAGGAGAUCCUGCUACAAAGACGGGUCUUGCGUAUCACAUGUAUGCUGCUGUCGAAGACAUGGCUCCAAACAGCGUGUUUUUCUCUUCGGAUGGAGAUUACCUUGUCAUCCCGCAGGCAGGUACCUUGGAUGUCAAAACAGAGCUGGGCAAUCUCUUGAUUCGACAAAAUGAAGUUGCUGUCAUUCCUCGUGGUGUCCGCUAUCGAGUUACUCUCCCACAUGGACCAGCACGAGGGUACAUCUGUGAGCUAUUUCAGUCCCAUUUCACGCUCCCUGAGCUAGGGCCACUUGGGUCUUGCUCUUUGGCCAACGCAAGAGACUUUCAAAUUCCUGUUGCUUGCUUCGACGGCCGAGUCAAUGAAAGCGGCAACGCAGAGACAGCUCGUGGCGGACAGUGGUCCGUCAUCACGAAGAUGAACAGCACACUCUUUGUGUGUACCCAAGACGACACCCCUUUCAACGUUGCUGCCUGGCACGGAACAUACUAUCCGUUCAAAUACGAUCUAGGUCGGUUCUCGGUCAUUGGAAGCACUCUGUACGACCAUCCAGAUCCGAGCAUUUUCACUGUCCUCACCGCCCCAUCUCAUGGCCAGCCUGGACAUGCAGUGGUGGAUUUCGUCAUCUUCCCACCUCGGUACAACGUUAUGGAAGAUACUUUCUGGCCGCCCUAUAACCAUCGAAACAUUAUGGCAGAGUUUAUCGGGGCUAUAAUCAGUGAUCAGAGCCCAGACUCUCAGCCCACGGAUAUCAAGUUUAAGCCAUUUGCUGCUAAAUUGACUAAUACAAUGGUGCCUCAUGGGAUGGACAAGCCCGUCGUUGAGGCUGCGAGGAAGAAAGUAUUGAAGCCUACCAAGGUUGACGACGACGGGUUAAUGGUCUUCUUACUGGAGAGCGAAAUGAUGGUGGGGGCCAGUGAGUACGCGGUCAAAGCUGCCCAAAAGACGGAAUGA